AUGUCUACAAACAUUCGAAAACCUAGUCUUGUAGAUAACAACACAUCGUCUCCACCUAUUGUCAGCCAAACUGAAACUAGCGAUAACUUAUCCAGUACUUCUACCUCCCGCGGUAUGAUCAUGCCUGCAGGAGAAUCGAAUGAAGAGGUGUCGGAAGCAGAUAACCGGGACGCGGAACAGCAGUCAUCUAGUGAUGACGUUUCUGAUAUUUCAAGCGAACUGUCACUCCCGUUCCGAUGUUUAUUCAAAACGAGGAGCGGUUUUAUAUUCUUUGUUCAAGUCCAUGAUUUUGAAGAAGCCACGUUAACUUACAACAUCAAACAAGACAUUCGCGACAAGCCUUCCAAACUGGUUGUGUACAAAUCGUAUAAACCAUUUGUCUGUGGCUCUGUAUCACGUGAUAUACUUGAUCGCUGGGUAUUCAGAUAUGUUCAAGUUGAAAGCGAACUGGUCAAAGGACCGAUCUGGGCGAAGUUCAACAAAACUUGGCGAUCGAUGGAGGAUCAUGGUCGUGAUGCGGCAUUUGAGAGAGUGCGAUCCAACUUGUAUGCUGCCAAAAUGUUGAGGCACUUUCAGAAAGCUCUCAAGACACGAUGGGUAACACCUGAAAAAGUGUUGAAGAAGAAAUCCAAGUUAUUAAGACGGACCCUACACGCAACUUCAAGGGGAUUGCAGAACCAGCUACCAUUCGGUCGAACUCGGUGGAAUUAUAGAUAG